AUGUCUCCAGGGACACCCCAGCCAACAGAGGUGAAGACCAAGCAGCUGCUGGAUGUGAGUGCUGACCACUUGGGGGGCAGGGAGGCCCAGGAGGUCCCCCCUCUGAAGAACUAUGUCUACCUGACCAUCCUCACUUGCUUCUGCCCAGCCUGGCCUGUCAACAUCGUGGCUCUGGUCUUCUCUGUACUGUCUCAGAACAGUUAUGAUGAGGAGGACUAUGAGGGUUCCACGAGGCUCGGUAGGAAAGCCUUUCACAUGGCGAUAGCCUCCAUGAUCAUUGGCCUCCUGAUCAUCCUGAUCUUAUCCAUAGUGCACUUUACCACGGUUAAAGCACUGCUGGGUGAGAUGUUUGUUUGGCUGAUUGCCUUCCUUACUCCCCCCUCAUACCCCAUGUCCCACAUUCCCACUGAGGAGGAGAAGGAGGCCGUUCUGACCGAGAUGCAUGCUGGCCAUUUCGGAGUGAAGCGCAUGAUUGCCAAAAUCAACCUACGCUUCUUCUGA